UUGGAUUCCAGAGCUUGUUUUAUUCCUCAGCAGCCUUCCCACAGCCUGGCAGACUCAGUUCUGCUGGAAAAUGGGGAUCUGUGGUCUGUUUCAGACAGAAGGAAGGAGAGUUUAAGUGUCGCUUUAGGAGACAUGGCUUUGCUCUGGAUUCUUUUAUACAGAAAGAAGAUGUGUUUGCUGGCUCUGAGGGAAAAGAAAAAUUGUUAAAGCAGUGCGGAUAUGACUUGAAUUUUUCAUCAGGCUCUCAACACCAUUACAAGGGGUGAAGAAUGAUCUCCUUCCAGCUAGUUUUCCAGUAAUUUCACAGGAGAAUUAAGGUUGGAAGAUGCUUCAGGAUGGAUAAAGCUGUUCAGCACACCAGCGAGGUCCUGAAUCAAACUAUCUCUAACAUUAGCCUCUCUCAGUUCUUGAACUUUGAUACAUGCCACCUUUCCUCCCUGGCAGAAUUCUUGCUUAUUACAGCUUACACAUUGGUUACACUAGUGGGGCUUGUUGGGAAUCUUUGCUUAAUUAUUAUAAUAAAGAGACGGAAAGAAGCUCAAAAUGUCACCAACAUUUUGAUUGCCAACCUCUCUUUAUCAGAUGUCUUGAUCUGUAUCAUGUGCAUUCCUGUCACAGUUGCGUACACCUUAAUGGACCACUGGAUAUUUGGGGAAGCAAUGUGUAAAAUAGGCUCUUUCAUACAAAGCCUGUCCGUCUCAGUCUCCAUUUUCUCACUUGUACUCAUUGCUAUUGAGAGAUAUCAGUUAAUUGUGAACCCACGUGGCUGGAAGCCUAAUAUUUCACAUGCUUAUUGGGGAAUUCUUCUCAUCUGGGGGCUUUCCCUCAUCAUAUCCACUCCCUUUUUAGUAUUCCACCAGAUAACAGAUGAACCCUUCAAACAUUUGUCUUUCCACAGCGAUUUCUACAAGAACAAGGUCGCUUGCAUCGAAGCGUGGCCGUCUCUUACAGAGAGGCUGAUUUUCACCACUAGCCUGCUGGUUUUCCAGUACUGCUUCCCACUGGGGUUUAUUUUUAUCUGCUAUCUCAGGAUAUUUGUGUGUCUUCGAAGGAGACGAGGUAAAAUUGACAGGAUGAGAGAGAAUGAGAACAGGCUGAGUGAAAACAAAAGGAUCAAUAUGAUGCUGGUAUCAAUCGUGGUGACCUUUGCAGCUUGCUGGCUGCCUCUCAAUAUAUUCAAUGUGGUUUUUGACUGGAACUACGAGGCACUCAUGAGCUGUAAUCACAACCUGGCAUUUACAAUCUGCCACCUUGUGGCCAUGAUCUCAACAUGUAUCAAUCCCAUCUUUUAUGGAUUUCUGAACAGGAACUUUCAGAAGGAUUUGGUAGUAUUAGCUCACCACUGCAGAUGCUCAGCAUCACAAGAGGAAUAUGAAAAUAUUGCACUUUCAAACCUGCAAACAGAUGCAUCUAAGGGGUCUCUGAAGUCAAAUAAUCCCCAUGUGGAUAUAUAAAAUAAUCUAACUGCAGUUUCCACAAUUCUGUAUUUUGCUGCAGAUGGCCUUUUUCUGCAGGUCUUGGUCAUGUUACCACCAAGUUUAGAGGAAGUCUUUGCCAUUUAGUUCAGCAAAACCAGGAUUAUGCUGCCAUAGACAUAGUCUUAACAGGUACUUUAUGAUAGUAUUAAUGCUUGUAAAACCACUUCCAACAGCCCUAAAGAUCAAUCAUAAUAAAUUUUAAACAGUAUUAACAUCUUACUUUUUUUAAUCCAGUUUCCAGUUUCCAAGCUGGCAUGCUACUUUAACUCCAAUAAAAAUGUUUCCAUUUCAGCCACUGAUGGGGGUGUCCUUAAACACCUGGCUUCCCCCAGGUAAACCCUGAACACUGUGCUAUUCCAAACUUCAGCAGCCUUUCACUCACUGCUUUCUGGCAUUUUUAUUUUCCAGCCCGACACCAAUGCCCUCCCUGGUGAAUCUGCAGUUUAGAGGCAGUUCACACUGUAAGGAAGGCCCUUGAAGUUACCCUAAGACUCCACUGCUUUCCUUUCAGCCCCCUCCUGCAGUUUGCUUUGGCUUAGUACCAGUUCAGCCUAGAAAUUUUAACAAGGGAAAAGGCUAGAGCUGGACUUUAUUUUUUUUUUAUGAACACUAAAACAGGAGCCAUUUGAUGUACUGCAAGUUUCACUCAGAAUGAUGUUGUUCAAGAUGAAAUAUAUAUUUAGCAUUUCUCCUAAAAGCAUUGCAUUCUCCAAAGCACCAGUAAAGAUCAUUGUUUUCUCUCUUACCAUCAUCACUGCUCCUUACAACAGACCUUUUAGAAUCUCCAUUAUCAAAACAACCCACUACAAAUUCAGAGUAAAUUUUGUUCUAGCUACUUACUCAGAUUUCUCUUUCAGUAGAAAAUUACGUUUGCAUUUUAAUUUCAGCAAUAUUUUCCCCCACAUUUCUGAGCUAGCAAGAGGGCACACUUGAGCAGAUGUGGUCAUUUCUGUUCACAGAAACACAAUUUCUGUGUUGGAAAGCAAUUUCUUUUGUAACACAGUGCAAAGAAGCCUAGAAGGAUAAUACUGAACACAACUUUUUUUUUAAACUAAAACAUUUUAAAACCCACUUUCCAGUGCUGCCAUAAAAAAUUAGCCAAACUUCUUCUUCAUCCAUGAUAUAGUGGAAACAUAAAUAAUCAGUCAAUAUUGAGCUGUUUAAACACAGUACUUAGAACACUUUAGUCCAAAAACUCACCAUGCUUCCUCUUGUUCAAAUUAAACAUAAUUAAUUACUUGUACUGCUAAAGCCCCUUCUUUUUUUUCUUCUGAGUUUCAACACACCCUGUUCUAACACUUGUACAUAAGGCUCCUUGUAAAGUAUUCCCUAACUUUAGCAAUUUAUUAAUGCCCCUCUUAAGUAAAAAGAAUUCACCUUCAAACUACAGAGAGCUCCUUGAUGACUCGGCUGUGAUGAAACUCAUCUUAAGGCUAUGAAGUUCUCUUGCAGAGGGAACAUUGCUUUCCACACCAUCCAGUUGCUAAAGGGUUUGGACACAGCCCUCUUGUUCCAGCACUAGUUCAGGCUGUCUGUGCCACCCUGCUCAUCAGAGGAGCUCCUGCAGAUCCUCAGGUUUGUUAAGUGCCCCCUGAUUCACGCUGAGGUGAAAGGCCUCGGUGAAAUCUCUUCGUGUCUGAGCCCUUAGAAGUCAUAAGGGCAGCCCCAUCACAAGAACAAGGAUGGCAGAAUUAGUGACAUGGUAAUCAAGUAUCUGAGUGAUAGGUAUAGAUUAGAUUUGGCCUAAUUUAGGGUUUUCUUCUAAUUAAAUCAAAUACCACGCAUUUGGAAUCGAUUACACCAACCUGCAUCAUAGAAAAGGAACCAGGAGACAGCUAAACACCUAAAAAAGGCCCAUGAUCAGACUGCUGAGAGUAUCUCAGCUUUAACUAUUUCUGUGAACUUCAACCCAGGUCACUGGAGUGCCUUUAUUGCUGAUGCACAUCAUCUGUUUGUUCAGCACAACAGGCAUCUCACCGAGUUAGAAGCAGUAACUUGCAGUCAGUGACACUGGGGCCGUGCGUGGUCAGAGGGGCUGGGCUUUGAUGAAGGGGAGGAGAUGGAGCUGCUGCUCUCACCACUGAGACUCCUGGGUAACUAAGUGAUUCACUGUCUUCAUUGCACCUGGCUAAACAAGAGCAAAUCUGAUCCAGGAGCUUCACUUUUCUUGGGGAUGCCAGUUCCUGUAUUGAAAACCAUCUACUCCUGUCAGAAGGUCAUUUCCUGAACAGUGUUUUAACAAAUGCUGGUGUCACACCUGCUGGAGGCUGGGCUAUCAACUGUAUCCUGGGUUUGGAACACAAAUCUCUAUCACCACCUUCCUCAAAUUUAAGUACACUGUUUACAGCUUCAAGGCCCAUGCUUAAAGCAUUUUACAAGCACAUGACAUUCAAUUUACUCUGAUUUAUCAAUAUUAGCACAGCAGUUCAGAUUACUCUCAUUGGCAAAUGUCUCAGACAGUAUUUAAAGUUUGAAUCAGGCCCAGCUGAGAUUUCCAUGUGUGAACUUGGCCUAAAUGGCUCCCACCCCAUCCCAUCCCAUCCCAUCCCAUCCCAUCCCAUCCCAUCCCAUCCCAUCCCAUCCCAUCCCAUCCCAUCCACAAGCCCAGGUGUUUUUACUUUUACAGCAGAGGUGGUUUUAGUAUCAUGUCCCAAGUGGUUUUAAAACAGCUAUGAAAUGAAUUCUGGUUCAGAUUAUGUGAUGCUAAUGGAUGGUCUCUCUGCUGUCUCUCCUUAGAAGUGCUUAGGCAGUAUGUAUUAGGCAAAAAAAAAGAAGAUUGCUAUCACUUUUUGUAAUAGCAAUUGUCUACUCCUGACAUCCUGAUCAGAAUUAAGCACUCAAUUUUUCCUUCCAGUCUGAAAAUCUUGGUAUAAGAGGGUUCUUCAUUAGCAGGUGGGAGCUCUCGGAGCAAUGACACUGCUUCAGAAUCAAAAGUGAACAAUAAUACUUGUGCCUUGAUUUCUCCUUCUCAUUUCUUUCUCACACUUUCACUUGACUCAAGUGUUGAUGGAUGCUCCAUUUCUGUUCUGAGCAUUCAGUCAUCAAGCAUCUCUCCUUAGAGCUGCACUUGUAACAAUCACUGUUAACAGAGCAGAGGAUCCUCACUGUCUCAGACAUCGCCCUCAGCGCUGCAAUUCUCCCCUGAAUCCACUGCCUUCCUGUGCAUCCUGAGACUGAACUUCCAAGCCAGUCAGGAGGAGCCAAUUGACUGUGACAGGAAUAGGAACAAAGAGUAAUCACUUGUUUUUAGAGCAUGAGUAUUAUGGACUCCAACGUGGUGUGUGACAGCCGUAAAUGUAACUGCAAUACCUGAUAGUAAAGAUUGCUCAAGUUAAACUGGCAAAUGUUGCCCUGUCUUGGGUAAUGCUGAUGACUGUAUUUUCCCUUGUUUUAUUGGUGUACCCAAGUAGAAGAAAUACUAACAGCAUUUCUCAGCAGAAAGUUGUUACGUGAUGCAACCAGCUGGAGAACUAUGAGCUUCCUUGGGGAAGCAGCACCAUGGAACUAACUACAGAAAGCUGGGAGGGGGAGCCUGAACUCCCAGAUGCUAUUCCAGCAUAGAAAGUCUUAAUUUUUAAAAAAAUAAAGACUGUGUCAGACUUUGUUUGAGUGGUUUGGUCAUGCAGACCAGACCAAUAUAUUUAUAAACAUCCUUGUAAAUGAACUGUGUCCUUUUAUGUCUGUGUAUUUUAUGGUUGAUUGGUCUCACUUUAAGCACCUAUAACCUUAUAACUAGGGUUAGAUACUUGGAACUGCCAUUCACUGUGGAGAUUAUUCUAUUGAGCAAAGAGCUCAGUUGAUUAUUGACUGUAAUCCUGUCUGUGGACAAAGGCAGUGCCAGUGCUGUGUGUGAUUUAAAGACUUUGAUUUCUCCCAUUGAUUGACAAAUAAACAUUACCCUGUGUAAAACCA